AUGAUCACCCGAACGAUUGCAUUUCUAUACGCACUUAUUUCUAUUACUCUUUCAGCUGACAUUGACUUCGUGAGUACCUCAUCCAUUGCUUUCGUUUAAUUUCUUGCAAAGUUUUAUUUAGGCACUGAUAUGUGACAAAGGAUAUCGAGUAUCCUCGAUAAAACGGGCAAAGACCGCCUACAGUCUGCUGGGAAGUCUCACUGUGGAAUGUGAACAGAUUGCUCUCGGAGAAACCACGAAUUGUGCUCCGCAGCAAAGUGUUCCGAAGUGCACCGGACUGCUUGAAGGAUGCACCGGGAACACGUGGCUCGGAGGAUUCCACGUGUAUCUUCUGGAGAAUACCACUCAAGCGGCCGUGUGAGCUCUUUCCCUCCCUUUGAUAACUUUCUUCUCUUUCCCAGUCUGGACCCAGUUUGCUGCUCCUCCCCUUCCGUUCAGAUAGACUCCAACUCGUGCAUCAACGACCAACUCAACACCGGAACGCGUGACUUUUCCCACUCAAUCGUCGCUGAUUUAGUGAGAGUUUCACUUUCAAAAUCUUCGGAAAACCGACAUGCUUUCAGGUGUACCGUGGCUGGCAGUGCUGGCAUCAGUACGAUCAGAAGCGGACUCUCGUUGAUCUACUAUGGAAAACCGAAAUUUGUCCGUUCUCUUCCUCAGAUUUUCCCGUAAUCACACGCAAAAGUGAGUUCGAAGCAUACUGUUUAACCUCUUUCCAAUUUCUCAGCCGAUUGCGAGGAGUGUUCGUGUGAAUGUGGAAUAGAGCAGUGUUCGAACGGAGCCAGCCCCGUCCGCGUGAUCCACAAAAAGCUAUUGCUCCCGUGCGCUUGCGACUGCACGUGCACAUUCAAAUGUUUAUAG